CAGGCGGAGACAUGGUUUUUGUACAGAUGAACGAUGUCGUUUAGCUUCACGGCCGGGAAAGACAAAGAAAAAACAAAAGAAUCUUUAAGCCACGAUUCGUAGCGAUCCAACGGCGCAGAGAACAUGUAAGCACUAAGCACAGUCCCCAAAAACUCAAACCUUUUAAACCCUCGAAAAACCCCAACUCCUUAUUCAAUCAUCUGCAAAUAUCACAGAGCCAAAAACCCAAAACCUCCCCCAAUUCCAAUAUUGAAACUUUCCCGACAAUGCAUAUAAAUAUACACUGAUAGGUCCUCAAUUUCAGAGCAAUUAGAAAAAUGGAUGUGGAAACGGUGAAUAACGUGAUAUGUCAAUUCACCUACCGGGAAGGGACGGCUUUGGAAGCUCCGUUGUAUCUUCCACAGAAUGCCGGUCCUCAAAUGCUUCAACAAAUCGUCAAUGAGCUUCUCAACAAUGAAGAGAAGUUGCCAUAUUCUUUCCACAUAUCAGACCAGGAGCUUCUUGUUCCACUUGAAACUUACUUACAGAAAAAUAAAGGUCACGCAGAAGCUGUACUUUCAGUUGCUUUUAGUCCUGAUGGGCGGCAUUUGGCAAGUGGCUCUGGAGAUACCACUGUUCGUCUGUGGGAUCUUAAUACCCAAACACCGAUGUUUACGUGUACAGGUAAUACUUUCCUUGCCUAGUUAAGGUUACUCCUUAAAACAUCCACAUGCACACAGAAAGACACAUUUCAAGAAAAGCAUUUGGAUAUUUGAAACAUGUUUUUUGAUCUAUUAUAGCGGCCAGGGUAAGUUUUCCAAUUGAUUCACUUGGAUCUCUGAUUGCUUAUCUUAACAUAUGAAGAUGAUCUCCUGUUCUUAAUGUUUUGACUGGAUACGUUUGCUGAUUGUUGCACUCUACAGGCUUGGCAAAGGGAAUCUGCUUUGAUCUGUGCAUGCACGCACAUGUAGUGAUAAUUGAUGUGUCUCCUGUCAGAGUUAGCAUCUAAAUUGAGUUUAGAUGGUCACCCCUUUUCAUUAAUCAUCAUAUUUUUUGUAUUGACCCAAGAUUAUUCCUUAAUUAAGGGCACAAGAAUUGGGUUCUUUGUAUUGCAUGGUCACCGGAUGGUAGACGUCUUGUGAGUGGGAGCAAGGCUGGAGAGCUUCAAUGUUGGGAUCCUCAGACAGGAAAGCCAUCAGGCAAUGCACUUGUGGGCCACAAAAAAUGGAUUACUGGCAUCUCUUGGGAACCAGUCCUCUUGAAUGCCCCAAGUUGUCGGUUUGUCAGUGCUAGCAAAGAUGAUGAUGCACGCAUAUGGGAUCUUUCAAUGUGUUAUCUG